CCUCUCGUCUGGCUUGUGGCUGCAGGAGACGUCUCAGUCAGUUCGCGGUGUGGAGAGAACUCGGACGGUGGAAAUCGGAGCCUGCUGGCGUGAACGUUGUGCGUAGAUCACCAGCAGCGCGCCGCAGCCUGACCGCUCCUUGCGCACGCGUCUUCUGGCCGACGCGGCGGCUCGAAGGUGCUGUUCGCCGGCUCUGCGGCUGUUUUUCUCCACGCACCGUGCCCCCCUCGGCCUCCUCUUAUGGGACUCUAAUUAACCGGAGGCAUGUGGACUCACACCAGGAUUAGACAUUGCUUCCUAAUAGUCUGCCUGUUGUUGACGUUAUGGGCCAAGGCGUCCCAGUCAACAGGCUAUUUCGAGGUGCAGCUGAUCUCCGUUGAGAAUGCGAACGGGAAGUUGGCGAAUGGGGAAUGCUGCGAUGGCGCCGGGAGCUCCCGGGAGGAUCCGUCCUGCUCGGAGGACCAGUGUGACACUUACUUCAAGGUGUGCCUCAAGGAGUUUCAGUACACCAUCACCACUGGGGGGAACUGCAUCUACGGAGCUGGAUCUACGCAAGUUCUUGGUGGAAAUAUGUUGAAUUUUCAGAACGCAAACAACAAAAUCGACGACGCCGCCAAGGUUGUGAUCCCCUUCCAAUUCGCAUGGCCGCGGACGUACACGUUAAUCGUGGAGGCCUGGGACUGGGACAACACCACCCAGAACAAUGAGGACGAGCACCUAAUCGACCGCAGUGCUCAAACUGGAAUGGCGGAACCCGGUGACCCCUGGAAGACCGUCCAGUAUGAUGGGCCUGUGGCUCGCUUCAUCUACCGUACCUUGGUCCGCUGUAACAAAAACUACUACGGCCACAAGUGCAAUAAACUCUGCGUUCCUCGUGAUGACUACUUUGGACACUAUCACUGUGACCGGUCAGGCACUCAGGUUUGCCUGGCUGGUUGGAAGGGUCCAGAGUGUAAGACAGCGAUCUGCAAGCAAGGUUGUCAUCCGCUACACGGCGGUUGCACCAUUCCAGGGGAAUGCAGUUGUAACUACGGCUGGAAGGGUCCCUUGUGUGAUGAAUGUUCAUUGUUCCCUGGAUGCGUCCACGGCACUUGCGAAAUCCCCUGGCAGUGCAACUGCAAGACGAACUGGGGUGGCCUGUUGUGCGAUAAAGGUUUAGACUGUGCUUCCAAUCCAUGCGCCUGGGGAGGAACCUGCGUCGACCGGGAUGAUGGGUUUGAGUGCUUGUGCCCACCUGAAUGGACAGGAAAGACCUGCCAGAUUGAUGCUAAUGAGUGCGCAAGAAACCCGUGUGUGAACGCAAAAUCGUGCAAAAAUUUGAUUGGUGGAUAUCACUGCGACUGUUUUGGGGGAUGGUCCGGACAAAAAUGUAACAUCAACAUAAAUAGCUGCCACGGUCAAUGCCAGAAUGGAGCAACCUGCAAGGAGGGCUCACGCGGUUACCGCUGCCAGUGCCGACCGGGCUUUGUGGGUCUUCACUGUCAACUGCAAAGGAAUAUGUGUGACAGCAGACCCUGUCAGAAUGGAGGCCAAUGCCACCCCGUGUUGGGUAGCUUUGUGUGCCAGUGCCCAGUCAACUUCGGGGGCGAACUGUGUGAGAACCAGCUCUGGUCCAUUUCGGAUUUUUGCAAUCCAAACCCAUGUAAGAACGAAGCCAAGUGCCACAGGAUGGUCCAGGACUUCUACUGUGAAUGUCCUGAGGGCUUUGAGGGAAAGUCCUGCGAGCUACGCAAGGAGGACUGCCAAACCACCACUUGCCAAGUUUUCGACAGCUGCACCAUUGCCAUAGUGACCAAGGAACGGCCAGAAGUGCAGCACAUCACCUCCUUCGUCUGCGGAUCUCGAGGGCGCUGUGUGACCGGGCUGAGCGGCAACUUCACCUGCGUCUGUGAUCCGGGGUUCAGCGGCACCUACUGUCAUGAGAACAUCAAUGACUGCCUCAAUAGCCCCUGUAAAAAUGGGGGGACCUGCAUUGAUGGCGUCAAUACGUUUCAGUGCAUCUGUCCUGACGGGUGGGAAGGUCAACUCUGUGACCUCAAUGUCAACGAGUGCCGACACGACCCGUGUAAGAACGCCGGCCACUGCGUCGACCUCGUGAACGACUUCUACUGCGAGUGUGCCGACAACUGGAAGGGCAAGACCUGCCAUUUACGUGAGAGCCAGUGUGAUGCGAGCACUUGCAAAAAUGGAGGAACCUGCUACGAUCACGGGGACACCUUCCGCUGUGCCUGCCCACCUGGUUGGGAAGGAAAAGCGUGUAACACAGCCAACAAUAACACAUGCACGUCCAGUCCUUGCUUGAACGGUGGAACCUGCCUGGGAGGAUUGGACACAUUUACUUGCAUCUGUAAAGAAGGCUGGGAAGGUCCCACCUGCAGCCAAAAUAUAAACGACUGCAACCCUCAUCCAUGUUACAAUGGCGGCGUCUGUGUGGACGGAGUCAACUGGUUCAGAUGCGAGUGUGCCCCCGGGUUUGCCGGGCCCGACUGCAGAAUCAACAUCAACGAGUGCCAGUCCUCACCCUGUGCCUACGGCGCCACCUGUGUGGACGAGAUCAAUGGUUUCCGCUGCAUUUGUCCGCUUGGUAGAACGGGAGGCCGGUGUCAAGAAUUCGUAGGUAUCGGCAAGUCAUGCGACUACGCCGGGCUGAAGUUUCCUCACGGCAGCAGCUGGGAGGAGGAGUGCAACAGCUGCUACUGUGGCAACGGAAAAGUGGACUGCACAAAGGUUCAGUGCGGUCGCCGACCCUGCCGCCUCCAAUCCUCGGACCAGGAGCAUGCCGCUCAGCCGUGCCCUGCUGGACGCGAGUGUGAAGCACACAGAUACCUCACGUGCUUUUCGGCCCCUUGUCACCAGUGGGGGGUUUGCUCUCAAGCCCUCACGCAAACGACCACCAAGUGUCAGCCAAACAGUGGACACCUGGACAACAACUGUGGCCACAUCACGCUGGUUUUCAACAAAAACAAAGUCCCACUGGGAACAACAGUGGAGAACAUCUGCUUUGAGCUGAGAUAUCUUCCCGACACCAGAACUUUGGCAAAAGACCACACGCUCCUCCUGCUGUGUGACCUUUCUCAUUCCAAGCAGGACGCUGUUGAAGUGGCCAUAUCUUUCCAUCCCGAAGAUCUCGCAGACAACAGCCUGAUACAGGAGACGGCCAACACCAUCGUUUGGACCUUGUCUAAGACGCACAACAACAGCAGCAUCAUGUCGGCGGUCACCGAGCUCAAAGUGGAAACCCAGGUCACAUCCCGUUCAGGGGACCACCUGGUGCCUCUCCUUUGCGUCAUCUUCGGUUCGCUCGGCCUCUUCUGCAUCGUCGUGUGCGUCCAGUGGACUCGCAAACGGAGAAAAGACCGCGAAAGGAACGUGCGCUUCCCGGUGGAUGACAGCAACGUCAACAACCGGUGGGACCCACUUCCGCUGGUGGUGGGUCGGCAGCAGCACCAACAGCAGCUGCUGAAAGAGAGCAACAUGGAGGCCGAGCAGGAGCGCAAAAGGCUCAUGGAGCCCUCCAAUCGGAUGUGUGGUGAGGGGGCGGAGGAGGAGGAGGAGGAAGAGAUGGAAGGCGAGCUAGAGCUGGACGAAGAGAUGUGUGGAGCGGAGGCGGGAAAGCACCCAGUUUAUGAGUACUCUGCGACUGCGGACCCGUCCGGCGGGGGGCUGAUCUGCACCACGCACAGUUCUAGUUUGCCCCUCAGAACGCCGCACCAGUUGCCAGGCUACAGCCCCAAAGACAACCGCUGGAAAAAUGUCAACACUGUCCUGAUGGGCCAGGAAGACGUCAAAGACCAUUGACUACGAGACAUUUCAAGUAUGGACUCGCAAGGUUGUGAGCGAGAAGCCGCGAGGCUGUUGUUUCGAUAAGCCAUCAUUUGCUUUGUGAUCGUCAUAUUUGUCACCGUCGCCUGACGUUGUCUUUUGAUUUCAGGCAGUGCAGUGAACAUUUUUUUUUUCCUGGCUUCUGUUUCAACCAAAAUGCCCGCGGCAAUUUUUGUUUAAAAAGCAAAAAAAAUGUUAAAAAAAAUUAAAAAAUAUAAAUAAAACAAAAUAAACCAAAAAAAAAAAAGCAUUUAAGAAACAAAGAAUCAUUUGACAGUAGUUUGUUCUAUAGACUGUUAUGACUUUGAGAAGUCAGCAGGUGUCCGUGACGGGUCGGGGAAGACCCCCCGGCUUCACCCUCAAGUCCGCCUGAGGCCGUCACGCGCCAGCCUUACCAAAACACUCGGCUUGGGUGGGGGGGGGGGGGGUAAAAAUGGGGGGCAGAAACCCCAGUGCCUACUAUGUGGCCUUCAAUGACUUUGUCCUGUCCAUGAUUUUUUUUUCUUGGCUGAAAGCUCUGUUUGAGGAUUUCUUUUGCAGUAUUUGCGUCGGUAGCAAGUGCCUUUCUACGAGCCCGCUGGAGGGUCCGAGUCGUGCUGCCCUGUUUGAUCUCCUUUGUUUCCAAAUCUCAAAUGUCAAUGUGCGCAUUUAAAGAUUUCCAUUUCACAGCAACGCCAUUCAAGGUAUUUGAUCCAAACAGAAGUGAUUACUCUGUACAUAUGUGUAAAUACAAAAAAAAAACGAUGGAGUCGCUGUGUAUAUUUGAAAUAAGUAACUUAAGACGAGUCACAUUUUUAUUAUUAUUAUGAUUAAUAUUAUUUUUUUAUUUUUUUGUACAAUGCCAUUCCUUUUAUUUAUGCCAGUCAAAAUCGGCAGGUUUUAUGAAAAUGUCCAGUAUCCACAGUCACACAGUAAAGAACCUUUACAAUGAGGUACCACCCAUGAAAGUCUUUUUGAAGGGUUUAAAAAUGGUUUGUUGCAGGGAACCUGCGACUGUUUACUUUUUUUUUUUCUUCCUUCCUUCCUUUUUUUAUGAUUUUUAAUACACUUACCAAAUCAGUGGUACUUUGCUACUACAUUGAUACGUUGAACAUCAGGCCAACUCAUUGCAGUUUGUCAAUUCGGAACGACCAAUCUUGUUAUAUUUUUCUUGCUCAAAUCACCAAUGUGAUUCCAACCCACCAUUAAAAAGUGGACAUAUUGAUUUAUUUUAAAGCUCAGGAUUUGGCCCGACAUAGCAGCCUUAGUGUUUUACGAGUGCAGCAGGAACCAUUUCUAAGCCCGUCAUAAACCUUUUGUUUCAGGUGCCUUAAUGUAUUGAGUAAUACAUUGUGUAAUCAGCUGUCGUCAUUUUAUGUUUUUUUGUCUUCACAAGGUAACCCUUUGAAACAUUGCGUGUUGUAUCGUGGAGUGUUUUUUUUUUUUUUUUUUUUUUUUUUUUUUCUGGCCUUCAUCAAGUGCUUUGUCUCACUCUGCUUUCACUGAGAUUUCUGGCUAGUGACCGAAUUGAAAAAGGAAAAACGGAAAAUAACCUAUUCGCAUUGUUCCUUAAGUGUCAUUAAUGCGGGUAGCAGUUGGUCAAAUAUGGACAAAACGCAUUCUCUUGAUGUUUGGUUUCAAGGCUUUAAUGAAGGGAACAAUGUUUGCAAUGUUACCUUGCAAGUGUAUUUGUUUCAGUUAUCAAUUCAGUCCCAAAAUGGCUCAAAUCAAAGUUGAACUCACUUUUCAUGUCAUGUAAGACCAUCAUGCUUUGUUAUGGGACACCGUUAAAAUAAAGAGUUCUAAUUGCA